CGUCUCACUCGUCUUAUCUUUUCUUCUCCGAUCCUUACUCUCCAUCAAUGGCUUCUCUUAUCUCUUUCUCUUCUCUCCCAAAACCAAAAGCCAUAAGAAGUUCAGUUUCAGCUCCUCAGACACAGACAAUAACUGAGAGGCUUGAAGAUAAAUUCGGACGAAAAGGUAUAAAAUUCUCGGAAUCAAAUAAUAGUCCUAUGGUGGAACUUAAGGUCAGAAAUGGAAGUUCGUUAAAGAUGAGUUUAUCAGAUGCUCAUGUCAUCUCAUAUAAACCAAAGGUGUACUGGAAAGACGAUGGAUUCGAGGAAGUCCUUUACACAGUUGACGGCGAUGAGAGGAGAGGUGGAGUUGGUGUUAUUAUUGUAAACGCAGAAGAAGCUACUAAACCAAAAGGAGUGUCUUCUUCAGUACUCUCAGGAUAUGAUUGGAGUGUUAAAGAUACUGAUUCAGACGCCAUUGAUGCUCUUCAGAUCGAACUGAGCUGUACGGCCGGGGUGCUCGACAUAACUUAUAUCGUCUCUCUGUAUCCUGUAAGCAUGGCUACAGCUCUAGUUGUGAAGAACAAUGGACGAAAACCGGUUACCCUUAAACCCGGGAUUAUGAGUUACUUGAGGUUCAAGAAACGAAAUGGGGCUGGAAUUCAAGGUCUAAAAGGAUGCUCUUAUUGCCCCAACCCUCCUUUGUCAUCGCCUUUCGAGCUAUUGUCUCCUUCAGAGGCAAUGAAAGCGGACUCUUCUGGUUGGUUUUCGUCUGAAGAAGGAGAGAAGCCAGGGAUUUGGGCUGUUGAAGAUUCUAUGAUUACACUUCUUGAGAAAAAGAUGAGUAGAAUAUAUGGUGCUCCUCCGGCUGAGAGGUUAAAGGCUGUCUAUAACACUCCACCUUCUAAAUUUGAAACCAUAGAUCAGGGAAGAGGAUUGUUCUUCAGGAUGAUAAGGAUAGGGUUCGAAGAGAUAUAUGUGGGAUCUCCAGGAUCAAUGUCAGAAAAAAAUGGGAAGCAAAACUACUUCGUGUGCACAGGGCCAAUGUCAAUGCUCGUCCCAGUCGAGGUGGCCUCCGGUGAGACAUGGAGAGGAGCAAUGGUAAUUGAGCAUGAUAAUUUGUAAAUUUCAUUUAGUAUACUUUUUUCUUCUUUAUUUUAUUUUCUCUGUUUUUCCUUGCAAAUUUUUUUUUACUCUGUAUCUCAAAAACAUAUUAUGACUAUACUGGAUGUCUAGAUCAAUUUAUACAAUAACGAACUUAGAUAAAAAAAAA